UAAAGUGUACCUGAGUCUGACUUUCAAUCAUCGGCAAAUGUUUGUGAAUGAGAUUCCUCAGUAUCGCCAAGUUGUUUUAAGUUUCUAUAGCGACAUAAAAGGUGUCACGCCUUGCAAUCGCGAAGACUUCAUUAACAAAAUUCAAACCCUUCUGGAUCCAUUCAAAGCACUGUUUAAAAAGUCUAGUGUGCUGGAGAAUUUAUAUUCUUUCAUUGAUCCACACGUUGAUAUGGUGAAGAACGCCCUCUUCGAUUAUGAAAAUUGUAGGACAGAUGCUACGAUGAGGAAACUGGAACAAGUUGCUAUGGCUUUAUCCAAGAAAAAGACAGCACCGGAAUAUGUAAAUAGGCCUACUAAACGACGAUUCAUUCGCCGCUGAGUAGAGAUGAAAUAAAGUGUGCCUGAGUCCGACU